UGCAAGCUCUCCUCAGUGAAGUGUUUUUCUUACAUUUGUUAUCUGUGCUUACUUUAACAGUGCAAAGGCGGCAUGUUGCGAAGUGUCAAUUGGUGGGAUGAGGAAAAAAUCCCUAAAAUAAUUGAUGACCAGUAUUUUGCUGUAGAUUUAGACGUUGAAGAUAUCCGUCCAGAAUACCGUAGUAAGGGUACUUUGAUACGCCCAGUCACGCAAGAAUACGAGGAGAAGUCCGGCAUGUCCAGAAUCGUAAAUAAUGAUGAUAAGUUCCAGAUUAUCUUGGAUGUCGCGCCGUUCAAGCCUAAUGAACUUCAGUUUAGAAUUGAUGAUGAAUUCAUCGUAAUUCACGGCAAACAUGACGAAAGGGAAGACGAAAAAGGAUCCAUUGCCAGAGAGUUUACUCGCCUUUAUAUGUUACCUCGAAAUUGUGAUAGAGGCGAUGUGGUAGAUGCAAAGUUCAUUUCGGAGACGCAAUUGAUGAUUACUGCUCCGAAAACAACCUACAAGUCAAGUUGGAGGUUAAUCAAAUCUAGUUAACUUUUUUUUCACCAGGACUGUUAGUUCUGUAGAUUUCUACGUUACUCGAUCCAAGUUCUUUCAACUAUAACAAUUGUGUUGCGCAUUGUUUCGCCAAGGUCAUGAUACAUUGCUUGCUUAUUUUGUGAGUUCUUUCACUUUACUUCAGUUAUGUUAAAUGUCUAACACUUGAACUGAAUGUAUUAUAGCAUCUGAAUUUUUUGUAUAAAUAUUUACUCAAAAGAAGCAUGAAGUCGAAGUCGCUAUUUAUUCCUAUUUGGUAAAAUUGGCACUAAAUAAAAUAAGUA